AUUGGUCCAUGAAGUAUGACGGAUAGUUCACGAGAUUCAAAUUUACAAUCGCCGAGCUACCAACCUCUAGUCCUCCCUUUUUAAAGCCACUGAAGAAAAACUAACAAGUCUUUCUUUUUUCGAAGUUUACGUUUGGGAAAUUAUGAACGAUGGUACUCGGAAGUUAUUUGAACGCGUUUCCAAAAAGAUGGGCUGGACUGGGGACGAUGGAUUAGACGUGGCAGAAAAGAAGCUGAUGAACGCGAUUGGGAAGCAACGCCAUGGUGGUACAAGUGGGGAUCAUUUUGCGGACCGAUCCGUGUCGCCUCUAAGUUAUCUGUCAGAGGACGAAGACAAAGAGAACCGGCACUUCAGGACCAACACAUACAAAAACACAGUUUUGAUUGACUCCGGUGAUGAUGAAUUUGAUCAGCUUCUUGUGAACUGGAGCACUCCAAGAACGAAACCCAAGCCACGGCAACCAUGCAGUGCACUGAAGAUAGACCGUGUUCUUGCAGUGAGCUCGGAUGAUGAUGAUGAUAGUGGCGGUUUUGAAAAAUUCUUGCAACGUGUGAAAACUCCCGCUACAAAGCCCAGGAAAGUAUCAGAGAGUGAAAGUGAGGACAGAAGCAUUAACCAUUUUAUUGUGGAUGAUGACUUAUCAGACGAUGACUUCUUUCAAACAAAAUCAUCCUCUAAAGGGCGUAAGAAGACCAAUACUCCAGCCACUCAAAAUACAUUCAAGAGACCACUGCCACUAUCUCAGUUUGCCUCACCUGUGUUCAUCAGUGAUAGUGAGGAUGAGGGGGAUAAUAUUGUUAUCAAGAGCACUUGGAGGACUCGCUGCACAAAGCCAAAUUCUCUGGCAAAAUCUAAUAAAAACAACCCAUUGCUUUUUGACCAAAAGGACAGCCUACCAUCACCGUUUUUGCCUCCUGUCUCCCCCCUCACUGCUCCUCGACCAUCCCACCGCAAUGCAACCACUCUGCGUUCUCCCAAGCGUACACUUUCAGCUCCUUCCAAGCUGGAUGACUCAAGUGGUUCAGAAGAGGAGUUCACAUCCUUACUGGAGAGGCUUAGAAAGAAGAACAUAUUCACUGACUCGACUUCCAAGACCACAACAGAAGUCAGUAUGGACCCUCCUGUGUUAGUUCCACCCAUAAAGGGUUCGGCUAAACCGAGGUCCACCUCAUCAUUAGGAAGAAAAAAUGUGGAUUCAAAGACUCCUGGAAAAAGCACCAUCCUGAAGCCAACCGUGAGCCAGACAGAGCCCAGACACGGUCUCAUCAGCAGACUAGCCUUAUGCAAAACCCCAGGUUGCUUCUUGGAGUCCCUAUCAAAUCCUGCCUCCAGCUACUGCUGCAAUUUUAAGCAAAAGAAGGAAGAACUUACGAGCAAACUGUAUCGUAUGUACAACAGCAGUGUGUUUGACAGGAAGCUCCCCGUUGAUAUGUCUCUGAUUUGGAACAAAAAGAUGCGCAAAACAGCAGGCUACUGUGUCACUGGACAGGAGCGAGGUGGAGGGAACCGUUACGCUCGCAUCGAACUCUCUGAGAAAGUCUGCGAUUCUGCAGAUCGCCUCCGAGACACACUGAUCCAUGAGAUGUGCCAUGCUGCGACCUGGCUGAUCAACGGUGUGCGGGACGGACACGGAAGCUUAUGGAAGAUGUACGCUCGCAAGUCAACCUUGGUGCACCCUGAGCUGCCGAUGGUUACUCGCUGCCACAGCUACGACAUCAAGUUUAAAUUCCAGUACAAGUGCGCCAAGUGUCAGAAUACGAUCGGGCGCCAUUCCAAGUCCCUGGACACCCAGAAGUUCGUGUGUGCACUCUGUACAGGCAAACUCGUCCUGCUCACACCAUCCAAGCCUCGUCCCCCCACGCCUUUCGCCAAGUUUGUGAAGGAGCAUUACAGGCGCGUACGCCAGGAGUUGACGGAGCAAAGCCAUCGGGAAGUCAUGCAGAAACUCAGCUCGGACUUUGCCUCGAAAAAUAAACUGAGUGACAUUAACAGUUCAAACCUCUGAGGUAAGUGGACCACCAUCACGGAACGACAAUAACGCCUGUUGAAUGUUGGCGAUGACGCAGUAAUAAGGGAGCAGCUGUGAGUGAUGCGUUUUACAGUUUAAAUAUUCAUAUGUUUAAAUGUUUUUGUAUGUUAGUGUCGAUGAAGUUGUGAUGUUUCAAACACAGAUGACCGCUGAAUAACUAGUCGUGUCUGUAAUUUUACUCAGAUUAUUAAAUUGUCAAGUUUUAACCACAAAUAAAGUUUUAAUUAUUUUGUUUCAAAAUCAAA